ACGUGUGUGAUGCUUGUCUGCCUGUGGAAAUCAGUGUAAAUUGGUGUAAAUACGAAAUAAAUUUUGUCAAACGCUCUAUAUGUUACGAAAAUGGCGAAGCUCAGUUCGUAUUACACAUUAUGUCCGCUCAUCGACCAGCAGAGUCUACUGGGCGUCGAAAAGGACAAAGAAUCGGGUUGUGCGGUAGUGACUCUCGGUAGGAACAUAGUGAUACGAUAUAAGCUGCAAGAUUUGAAACAGAUCAGCAGUUGGUCUAGCAAGGAGAGAUUGACAACACAAGUUAUCUAUGACAAGUCCAAACAGCGUUAUGUCGCCGUCUUCAAUGAGAGAAGGAUACGAGUCUGGUCGGAGGAGGAAGCGGACUUGAACGCCGUGAAGGGCUAUAAAUUUCAGUCCCCGCUUUAUGCUAUUUUGCCACACGAUGAGUCGCCAUCCAUUCUGGUCCAACAGAACGGAGCUACAGCUUCCUUGGAAUGGGCAAUUGCAAACAGGAAGACGUGGGUGAGCAAGGGUAUAACCAAGGCCAAGGAGAAACUGUUGGAUUGUCAGUUGAUAUACUUAAAUAACCAGACAAGCCUAUUUUACUUGACAAGGAUAGAAGAGGUUUAUAAUUGCGUGGUGGUUAAAUUAGAGAAUGAUACUUGUGUAGAAAAAGCAGAUACCGUCAGAAGAAUAGAAUUGAAGCGGAGAUCAGAGGAUCUUGUGGGACACGUGGUAAUACAUUACAAGAACAAUGCAUACUUGUUAACUUUAUGGUCACAUGGUAGAUUGUAUAGUCACUUCUUGAUAGGAACGUCUUCAGAACCGGAACCCAAUAGAUUGAUCAGUGUGAUUACCAAUAUCAAUACAAAGUAUCCCGUUGUUAUGUCGCAUUUGAACGAGACGAUCAUAGCAGUCUACGGCGCCGACGUCACAGACGAAGGAGCGGUACUGAUGAUAUACAACGUACAGUUCAAACUGGUGCAAGCGGCGCAGAAGCUCAAACUCUACACGAAUGGCGCCAAGCUCUGGAAGGUGGAGGAUAAAUUAUUACUCGCGGCAAAUAGGCACUUGGCGGUCGCGCCCUAUCACCUCGCGCCGCAAAGGAUAGCUGCUAUGCUGGGUUCGUCCUUGAACUUCAAGAACGACAAUAGUAAGAACGAGGCGGACGACAUCAUCGUGAUACAGGAAGCAACGGUGGCACAAUGGGAUAAGAACCAGGUGCGCGCGAGGAACUCGAUAGGUCGAGUGCCCUCGAAUAUUUCCAAACAGAUCCACACGUACUUGAACGAGGGCUGGAGCGACGCCGCGAUACAGGAGACGGUGAUUCCGUCUGUGAUGGAGUCCAAUGACGUCCCAUCGAUCUGUUGGUGUCUCGACACGUUUAGAGAUCUGCCGGAGAAGUUAUUGGUGGGUCUUCUGGCGUUCGCCUUGCGGAGUCCGGACAAUGUAUUCGUUCCCACGCAAAACGGCAAGACCGACAGUGUAUCGAAAGCCAAUAGUUCUUAUUCAAGGAACAGUUUUCUUGACAAGAUAUUUAGUAUCAGUUAUUCUAAUGUUUCUCUGUUACUUCACUUGAAAAUUGGUUUGACGUUCGACGAGGUGCUGAAAUUGUUGGAAUAUUUGAUGCACAAGUUGAAUGAGAAAACAGAGUCGCUUGAUGAUAAUCCGCAACCAAGCGAUCAGCAGCUGUACGAGUGGUCCUGUGUACUUCUCGAUUCUCAUUAUCAACAUUAUUUAUUGUCGCAAGAUUCACGCGUUUUGGAACUUUUCAAUCAAUUGAAUUCCGUUUUAGAAGACCAUUUCCAAUUUCUGCAAGAUCUGGAGAACUUGAGGCCUAUGAUAGAAAGGACUAAUAAUGGGAAAUCGCUACGAUUAACGUCGAAAACAUACAAUAAAUUCUAUUCUAUAGAAGAAAUAAAACUUUAUUAAAUUAUGAAGUAAAUUAGAGACGCGUUUCUUUUUCAUGUUUGUUAAAUAUGUUGCAUUUUUUAUACAUGUUUUUCUAUUAAUUUUGCGCCAUAGACACAUGUUAUAAACGCCACUGAGAAAUUUCAACAUUAUAUAUAAGUUUAACAUUUUA